UCUUAAGCAGGACCAAGCAGGACACCUCUGCUAAACUAACCACCUAAUCCUAUCAGAGGUCUCUGAAUCACAGGUAUAAAAGCUAAAGUCAGAUGUGGGACACCAGUCACCCAAGGAGGCUGCAAGUGACAAGAAAAGUCAACUGCUGAGGUCCUCCUUCUACGAUCAGGAUGGCAGAAGAGUGGGGAAAACAGGCAUAUGCUGCCAGGCGGUACAAUGACGAAACAACACAGAGUGGUGGCUUUGCUUACACAAACAGCAAUCAUACCAGAGGUCCCUUUGAGGGUCCAAAUUACCACAUUGCUCCGCGAUGGGUUUACCACGUUGCAACACUGUGGAUGUUCUUGGUGGUUGUUGCAUCAAUCUUCACCAACGGUCUUGUCUUGGUGGCCACGGCAAAGUUCAAGAAACUCCGUCACCCUUUGAACUGGAUCUUGGUAAAUCUUGCAGUUGCUGAUAUAUUAGAGACAAUUCUUGCCAGCACCAUCAGUGUAGCAAACCAAUUCUUUGGUUACUUCAUUCUGGGACACCCAAUGUGCGUCUUUGAGGGCUACACUGUUGCAUGUUGUGGUAUUGCUGGUCUCUGGUCCCUCACUGUUAUCUCCUUUGAGAGAUGGAUAAUUGUGUGCAAACCUUUUGGAAACGUCAAGUUUGAUGGAAAAAUGGCCGUUGCUGGAAUAGUGUUCUGUUGGGUUUGGGCAGCGGUUUGGACUGCUCCCCCCGUCUUUGGAUGGAGCAGGUACUGGCCUCAUGGACUGAAGACUUCCUGUGGACCUGAUGUAUUCAGUGGAAGUACAGACCCUGGAGUCCAGUCCUACAUGAUUGUUCUUAUGAUUACAUGUUGCUUCAUUCCUCUGAGCAUCAUCAUUCUUUGCUACCUUGCAGUAUUCAUGGCUAUCCAUUCAGUUGCCAUGCAGCAGAAGGAAUCAGAGUCAACCCAGAAAGCUGAGAGAGAAGUAUCCAGAAUGGUCGUUGUCAUGAUUGGCGCAUAUUGUUUCUGCUGGGGACCUUACACCACUUUUGCCUGCUAUGCCGCGGCUAACCCUGGAUAUGCCUUCCAUCCUCUGGCUGCUUCCAUGCCUGCAUACUUUGCAAAAAGUGCAACCAUCUGGAACCCAGUUAUCUAUGUCUUCAUGAACCGGCAGUUCCGUAAUUGUAUCAUGCAACUCUUUGGCAAACAAGUGGAUGAUGGUUCUGAAGUAUCCACAUCAAAGACAGAGGUCUCCUCCGUGGCUCCUGCAUAAAGCUGUUGAUGUUCUCCCUUUUGGAAAAAACAACAGAGAACCGAGAGAGAAUUAUGAUUUGUACAGUAAAUAUGAAUUGUUUAAUUAUUUAUUUUUUAGUAAAUAUAGCUUUCUUGCAAAUGACAAAAACAACAAAAAAAUAAAGCAUACAUAAAGCAAA